AUGGGUUUCCUACUACUGAUGUUCCUGGUAUUCUUUGCCCCCCUGAUGCUCUUUGUUGCAUGGCUUGUAGCGUCAUCAUGCCUAGGGAAUCGUCUUCGUUCUGUUCGACCAGGGUGGGAUGCGUACGGAGCGAGCUAUCUCCGAACAAUGGCUAAUUCGGGUCCCGCCAUGUCCGAACAAAUCGAGAUGGACGAUAUGCUCUCAGAACCAGGGACCCAACGACACUUCGAGGAGGACGAUUGA